AUGCAAGUGGUCCUGUUUCUAAAUGGAUUCGAGGAAAUUGAUUGGUUGCAAAUUGUUCCUCGGAUUGAGCAAGCUGCUGCUGGAGGGCCUUGGCUCUUUGUAAAGUGCCAUGAGGAAGACCACAAGUUAAAGCCUGAAUUGGUCAUCAGAGCGAACGUGCCACAGCUUGUGUUGAGCUGGGUGAGAGACGAGGGUGAAAAUGUGUGUUACGACACCGCACAACAAUCACGCUUUGACGGUAGCUUAAAAUCACACACAGCAGCUCAGAUUUGCCAUGUUGCACAUAAGGAUGACAAGGUUAUCGAGCGGAACAACACGUCUAACUCCCCACCACAACGUCCCAUGUCGAGCCCUGAGUAUAACUUCAGCUUCGGUCCUCCCCCUCCUUUGUAUGGCCAUCCCAGCACACCAGCAGGCCAUGCAUACAGUGGAAUGGUAGGCUCCCACGAGAUGGGAAGGGCUAUGUACCAAGGUGGCCCUACAGGAAUGUCGGAUGGGCGUCCAAUGCAGUGUAGGAACAGGCACCAGCUCAGCACAGAACACCGGCGGUCCACCCAAGUCGAUGAAAAUCUCUUAGGUCUUGAAUGCGUUCAGCAUGUCAAGGCUGCGAAGACUGAGUUCAAGGCUGAGAUAAAGAGUCUGGAGGAGCGGUUUGAGCAGAAAGUCGCCAGUUUGCUUGUGAGUAAGAGUCACGUUGAUGUAGGAGACGGGUCUGAAGCUGAGACCGAUGAGGAGUUCAAGAAAGAUGUCAAGAAGCUUGAAAAGAGUGCCCUUGCAUUCGGUGACAAUGGUCUGAAGAUGUUGAUGGGAAGCGCAAAGCUUACCAUUGAUGCGCUUCCUUCAUAUCCAAGUGACAAAAAUAAGUGGCCGCUCGAUCCUGCCACCAAUGAGCAUUUGAUGCGUUUUUGCUGGACUGAAUCCCAUCAGCAUUCAGAUAAUCACGCCAACAUCCUGUGCAUCAUCACUUACAUUUGUCAACAUGGCGCAACUGUAUGCACUGGCACUGGUUCUACUCUUCGCGAUAUCAGUGACAAAGACCUGCGCGCCCGUGUGGUGAAGAAAUAUCAAGACUUACAGAAGAACUUGCGGAAGGCAGGCAGGUUGUCUGGACACCCAGUGGUGCCUCUGACAGCUGCGGCAAGUACUGUUGAAGAUGAUCCGCUCGGGCCUUCAGCUCAGCCUGUAGCCAUAAUGGCAACUUCACGAGCCAAAUUGCAAAGUUGUGCCAGAGGAAAACUUGAAGUGCAUAUACGCAAAUAUGAGAAUCUGCCAGAGGAUUCAGAGUUCGGGCAUGAGAAAUAUCGAGCAGCACUCACAGAGUCCUUGAUGUCGCAGGAUGAGGAUGAGAUGUCGAGGUUCUUGGCCACUGUUGAUGAAGCGGCGGAUCCACACCCCCCUCCUCACUUCACCGCUCGGGUUAAAGGCAACUCGAAAGAACUCCCACUCUUAGCUGUGAAGAAAAUUGAGAAUUGA